AUGAGUAACCUUGUGAAUACGAGCACGUGCCGGAAGCUGGUGUACAGCGGGAACGUGACGUCGGUACACGGGCUUCAGCCGAGCGUGGCGAGCUGGGAGACGUUGCUACUUGUGUUGGGCUUUGGAACGUUCGCCACGUUGGUGGCGCUGCUUUUCGUGUGCAUUCGGAAGCGUGUCUAUAAGGAUAAGAACACGUUGGACACCGCGUUUGACGCCGGCGGGAAAGUAAACAUCGGACUGACGGCGACUACCAUCGUCUCCCAGUGGACAUGGGCAGCCACACUCCUCUUCUCCUGCACAGUGGCUAGUAAGUACGGCGUGAGCGGGCCUUUCUGGUACGCGGCGGGCGCCACAAUCCAGAUUCUGCUAUUUUCCAUGGUGUCCGUGCAGCUCAAGAUACGGGCCCCGGGCGCCAAAACUUUCCUUCAAGUUAUCCGGGCGCGCUACGGUGCCAACACCCAUAAGGUUUUCGUCUGCUACGCUCUCAUCACCAACAUCAUCGUCACAUCGAAUGCUAUGCUAGGCGGGUCCGCCGUCCUCUCGGGGCUGACACAGGACAUGAGUGUCGAGUAUGCCACAGUGCUCCUGGUAGCGGUGGUCGGUACGUACACGUUCAUUGGCGGCCUGGGUGCCACGUUCUACGUUUCCUUUUUCAACUCCGCCCUCAUCUGCUCCAUGAUGCUCGUCUUUGUCGUUCAUGUGUACGACGAUCCAUCGGAAAGCAAUCCCCUCGGCAGCGAGAGCCGCGUGUACGAGUUACUGGCGUGUAGCCGUGGCCCAGAGGAGAAUCAGGAAUCAAGCUACUUGACCAUGCUCUCCUCUUCCGGUUUUGUAUUUGGUCUCAUCACCAUCAGCAGUGGAUUCGGCACGUCGUUCGUAGAUCAGUCUUACUGGCAGAGUUCCGUUGCGGCAAAACCGCGCCAGGGCGUGUUGGGCUUCUUGGCAGGUGGGCUCGUCUGGUUCUCCAUUCCGUUUGCCCUCGCAUCCACAAUGGGUCUGGCGUACACAGCCCUCAGCACUAAUCAGGGGACACCACUCCUCUCAGAAGAGGAGGUAAACACAGGUUUGGUGCUUCCGGUGGUGGCUCAGCGGCUGUUCGGGCGGAGCGGCGAGAUGAUAUUGAUCGUGAUGGUGGUUAUGGCGGCCGUUUCCACCGGGUCGGCGGAAGUGGUGGCCGUCACCUCCAUUCUCGUCUAUGACAUAUACAUGCUCUACCUUAAGCCAUACCGACUGGUGCAUGAUGCUAACUCUUGCAUUCUGUGUGGGCGGAGCCGGGGUCGUCUAGCCAGCGUUCGAGACAAAUGCACGUGCGAGAGUAUGACCGUCUGUGAGGACUGUAACCAUGACGACAGGCACCGGGCGAUGUGCAAGCGGGCUCUAAAGCCACCCUACCAGUGUCGCGUGCACGGUCACUUCCGGGAGUACACGGACCUGCUAGGCCACCAUAAAAACUGGUGUCUGCUCUGGGUCACCAUGGCAAUCAUCCCUCUCACCAUUCUACUUUACACACUCAAGCUGAACCUUACGAUGGUCCAUUUGUUCAUGGGUGUGAUCAUCAACUCGGCUGUGGCUCCCAUCGUGUUGUCCAUGUUCUGGGAGCGCCUUACCGCCCUGGCCAUGGUCACCGGAAGUAUCGGCGGCUCCGUCCUCGCCGUUAUCGCCUGGAUCAGUGUCACUGCCACGUAUGCCGGCGGCCUCGAACAGUUCGGACAAAAUGCUACUCGCGAGGUGCCUAGUCUGACGGGCAAUCUAGUGUCCCUGUUGGCGGGCGCGCUUAUCGCGGUGCUGGUCAGUCUGUUUUCCGGUGCCAACAAGGAUGGCGAGGAAGUCUGGGAGAAAACUAGAGAUAUAGACAACCCACUCAGUCCCUGGACGGAACUGUAUGCAAAGGACUUGAAGUUAGAGGGUGCCUAUCGGCUGGACAACAGGCCGCCCCUUGCCUGCGUGCAGGCGGCCUUCCGGGGCGCGCGGUUGGUGUCCAUCUUCGCAUCUAUUGGUCUCAGCAUCUUCCUUGUGUUAGUGUGGCCCGCCAUCAUGGUAGCGGUGGGCGUCAUGUCUGAACAGGCCUUCUUCAACUGGGUCAAUCUGUCCAAAGUUUGGGCGUUUCUAGCAACAAUCUUCAUCAUAAUAGUUCCGUUUGCCAGCGAAGUUUGGGACAUAUACAAAGCAUACUCCCACAAUAUACAUGUACGAACCUACCCGGAAAAUGCUAGAACAAAACAGGACGGCUUACAAGACCCCGGCACACACAGACGUACGAACACUGGACCGACAAAUGGCAAUGGAAAUUCCAUCCAUCUGUCCGCGUACACUCAAUUUAAAGCGCGAGAGAGCACUUCCGGGCUGGAAAAAGUUGAGACCGCUGAACGGUAG